AAAUAAAUGAUUAAAACAUAAAAUAUUUGAUAUGGUCUCUUUUUGUUCUGCUCCACAAAACUUGCUAUAUAUAACAGAAAACUAGUUUUGAAUGUUGUUUUUCUUAUCCCUUUCUCGACCAGCUGCUUGUUUCACCAUGGAGAAAACAGAUAUGUGCAACUCCAGCAUGGUUUCCACAUCCCAUGAUGUUGAGGAGUCUUGGGAUGAUGAAUUCCAACAACUGGUGCAAACCCUCCCUAAAGAUAAAAGCUUCACAGGAAUGAAUCUUUACUUCUUCCAAGGUUUCUGGUGCCCAUCAAUUGUUUUAAAAGCAGUGAUUUCUUGUCAGAAACAUUUCCAAGCAUUUGAUUCUGAUAUUCUCAUCGCCACUUUGCCAAAAUGUGGCACUACUUGGCUUAAAGCUUUGACUUUCGCCACUUUGUACCGCAGUCAGUUCGCAAGGGAAAACAAUCCCUUGCUCACCUAUAACCCUCACUCUCUGGCUUCGAGGCGAAGGCUUUGAGCCAGUAUCACUAGAUGAAGCUUUUGAGAUGUUCUGCCAAGGAAUCAAUGAAUUUGGACCAUUUUUCGAUCAUGUGCUAGGGUAUUGGAGGGCAAGCCAAGAAAAAUCGAGCAAAAUAUUGUUUUUACAGUAUGAAGAUCUCAAGGAAGACAUCAAUUCUCACCUAAAAAAGUUGGCAAUGUUUUUGGGGGUUCCUUUCACUGAGGAAGAAGAGAAACAAGGAGUUGUUGAAGAAAUAGCGAAAAAUUGCAGCUUUGAGAACAUGAAAGACUUGGAAGUGAAUAAGAAGGGCGC